GUUAAUGAUAAUAAAUACCGCAAGUCUCUAAGUGAAAGGGAAGAUACAGCAUGAAUAUUAGACAUUUGAUUGUAAUUUGCCAAAUACUUAUCUUUACAUGUAGCGGUACUUAUUCCACAGUAUACUAUUCUGGUGUCGAAAAGAAAACAUUUUAUGAUGCUGAAACAGCAUGUCAAGAAUUUGGCGGGAAUCUUUUGAGUUUUGGACAACUAUUCGUUAAGGCUUUGUUAACAUGUCAACAAUAUGUAUACGUUUGGAAUGGGAGGCCAGUUUAUAAACAAUUACAGGGAUGUUAUACGGGAGAUGCAAGCAAGAAAACUCCAACAGAUCUUCGGAAAUCCGAUAAACGCAUUGCCAUAUGUGCUGAUUUUUGCAUAAGUGACAAUUUUACUCACUUUGGAAUAACUACAACAGAAUGCUUUUGUUAUGAGCUAGGAGACUUUGCCAGUCUGAAUAGAUCCGCCUCCUGUGACGUUUCAGUAUGUCCAGGGAACUUAUACGAUAUGUGCGGAGUAGAUCGUCAUCAAAUUUUGUAUGAGAAAGAUAAAGAGUUUGAUAUAGGGUCAUGUCAUGCCAGGAAUGUUCAUACAAAUGGAUAUAGUCACAGAUUCAUUGGAUAUUGCAAAGAAACUUUACCAUAUCUUUGUAAAGUUGGUGGUUCAGAUGACGUCAGGUGCUCUUUAACCGAAUCAACGCCUACAGUUAUUACUUCUUCAACUGACAAUACCGAUACAGUAAUAGUCAGUAUGACUGUGGUCGAUAAUUCUAAAAUUGACCGUAACACCACAGCAAGUGAUAGAAGUUCUACUUUAUCAACGUUAAGAAGUAAAGUGACUAAUCAAGCCUUAACUAAAACAAAAGAAUCUAACAAAAAAGAUAUAAUCAUUGGCGUUGCAGUAUCAAUGGCUUCUUUCUUGUUGUUGUUCGUCGCUUUUAUAUAUAUUAAAACUAGGAAAAAGAAGACGAAGACAAUGGAAUCGAGUGACAAUGCAGUCCCAAACGUAUAUUUCACGAACACAAAAGAGGACAGCGGAGAUAUAUAUUAUACUUCAGUGCAAUAUAACAAGUUCUCUGGAUCAUCUGAAAUCAAUCCAUUCAAAGCUAGAAAUCAAAUGUACGACGAGGAAUACCUAGUCUUCAAUCAACCUACAAUGAAUGAUUGAAAAUAAAAUAAAGCAAACUUUUGA